GCUAGGAAGGGGGUGGAACAGGCACUCCCUUCUCUCAUUCUCCCUGCAGAUCGGCUUCUCUACCUCACUCUGUUGUGGGCUCUGGGACCUUGGAUUUGGCUUCUCUGGGCUCCUGGUGGAAGAGAGGCUAUUUACCAUUUGGGUGCAUUGGGGAGAAAAAGUCUAUGCUAACUUUCAGGCUUCCAGCAUCUCCAAAACACACCUCAGUUUCUCCUUUUUCCCUUCAGGGUCAGGAGGGAGGAUGCAGGGGGGCUUGGGAAGAGAAAUUCAUCUCCCAGGUUAAUGUGGAGCAGUACAUUUGGAACUGCCCCACUGAGCUUUAAAAGCUUCCUGGGGGGCUUCCCUGGUGGUGCAGUGGUUGGGAGUCCGCCUGCCAAUGCAGGGGACGCAGGUUCGUGCAGGUUCAUGCCCCAGUCCGGGAGGAUCCCACAUGCCGCGGAGCGGCUGGGCCCGUGAGCCAUGGCCGCUGGGCCUUCACGUCUGGAGCCUGUGCUCCGCAGCGGGAAAGGCCACAGCAGUGAGAGGCCCGCGUACCGCAAAAAAAAAAAAAAAAAAAAAAAGCUUCCUGGGAGGUCCCUCAGGAGCUGUUCAGGGUGGAUGGUUCAGGGCAGGAGAGAUCUCAAACUGGGUAUAUUACAAAGAUUUUGUUGGAAAAGGAUGAUUCUAAGGCUUAAGACAAAAAAAGCUGUAAAACUUCAGAUUUGAUGUACCAGCCCCUCAUUUUACAGCUGAGAAAACAGCCAUGUUGGGGGUGGAGAAGGGACACAUCUUACCUAAGGUGAUCACACAUCAAUUUCUGGAUAGAUGAGAGUGACACUUUACCUUUAAGGGGUGGUAGAGAAAUGGAUGAACAAAACAACUAGGUCACCAGCUUCCUAGGCCUUCCUUUGCUGAGCUGAGCUAAUUCUGGAGAAUGGUUUUUUUCUGCCUUAAGGGCUCUCAGGUACUUCAAAGGUCCUCCAGGGCUCUGCCUGGCCUUAGGAGCCCAAGUAACAGUGUUCACAAUUUUAAUGUUAUUUAACAGUGUUCAAGGCAUAUUAUCUUUAUUUAACCUAAAAGAGUUAAAAUGCUUUGAUUUGUCCAAGUUCCCAAAGCUAUGUGGGAAGUUGACAGGUGAUAUGAGCUCAGGAAAAGAGAAGAAAGCAGGUCACAAUGGAGCUUGUCCCCCAGGAUUAGAUGCCUGUGCUUUGUUUUGAUGUGGAAUCUUUGGGGGCUUCCUCAGUUAUUUCCCUGCCGUUCACAGGAUGAAGCCCAAGCUCCUUGGAACGCAGGUCAAGGCCUUUCACAACUGGGCCAACUUUAUCCUCCAGCCUCACCUCCCAUCUCCAUUUCUUCCCAAGCUCCAGACACACUGGGCUCCUCUGUGUUAUCUGAACACGCACACAGCAUACAGUUUCCACUGCCUUCUGCUUUCUCUCGGUGAGCUUCUAUUCAUCCUUCAAAACCUGGCUCAAAUAUCACCUCUGUGAAGCCUUUUCCUUCCCGUCUUUUGGGCUCAUUACUUUUGCCUUCUAGCUCUGUUGUAGGACCUAUCACGUUGUACAGCCCACUCUUUUCUAUUUCCCUUUCUAAACAGAGAGCUCUCCGAGGCCACCACCACUUCUGAUUUUGCUCUUAAUCCUCAGCACAUUACCUGGCACAAAGUAGCCCUGUAUAACUGUGUCCUGAAUAUGAAUAAAUGAAUGGGAAGGGGCAAGGUCCUUGAGAUUAAAACACCUUGAUCCUAGCCAUCUCUUUUUUCCUGGGAGUACUGACAUUGAGAAAUUAUCCACCUAUAGAGGAACUCAUGCCGGUCCUAUUCCCUGAAGUAGAAAUUCCUCUCAGACUCCCUUGUCUCCUUGCCUCACAUCCCAGGCCCCUAGGGCCUGGAUCUGGCCACUCACUGCUAGCCAGUCUUGGCUCUGACAUCUGUCUGCUCACCAAGAUAGCGAAUCACUUUCCACUGCUAGAUCUUCAUGAUGGGCUGGCCUUCUGCAGAGCCCUGUUUGGGCUGGUACUGUCCAUCUCUGGUGAUUUCUGUGUCCCUGCCAGUUAAGUCCCUGCAAUCUAUGUAGCUGGGUGGACACAGCUACAGACACCCCUUCACCUGGGGUGACUGAUUCCCUGGCAUCCUGACUGAAGAAGCCUCUGGUGACUGAAUAACAGACAUCUGUAUAUCUGCUUUUCUGUGGUCAUGGAUGCCCCUGCCUUCCUGGGGGUUUUUGUUCUCCAGGCUCCCAGCUCUCUUGAAAGUCAUGGAGCUGCCAGGACCACUGUCUGAGCACUUACUGCAUUAAUUAUACGUGCUAGAGUAUCCCACCCAAGAUUAUCCUUGCCUAAGAAAAGAGAAGCUACAUUCUGAUGCCCUUGGAAUUCAAUUUACCUGUCAGGUAUUAUGUUGUUUAGAGAUAAUCAGCUUUAUAGAACAAUGGAGUGACCAACUGAUGACUCCGCUAUGUCAGGUUAUUGCACGCUGAGUAAAAUAUAGGCUUUAGAUCAACAAUCAAUAUAUAAUUCUUGUUUUUUUUGUAACCAGAAUACAUAGGAAGAGGUAGAGGUAAGUGUGGCAUGUUAUGUGAUUGUACCUAAUGACUUUCUCCGGAGAGUUUGCUUCCUGUCUCUGAUAUUCGACAUUCUGCGGUUCAGGAGGUUUUAGCAUCUAGGGAGAAAUGUUUCUAACCAGGGAAUGCAGAGACGAUUCCACUGCGUUUUGGGCUCCUCGUAAUACUAGAGGAAUAGAAGAAAGGAGGUCACACUUGUAGGCUGAUAAUGGCUAUUAAGGGGAAACAGAGUUGCUACUAGUUAAUGAGCGCUGAGAGGUGCCUCAGUGGGACCCAGGGGACCACCUUGUGCUCUUGUAUUAAUCAAGAUUCUUUUGAUUGCCAGUGAAAGAAAUUCCACUCAAGUUAGGCUUGGCAAAAUUAGGGUCUUGCUGCAAGGUAUACCAAGGCCUCAGGAAACAGGGACAGGACCAUCACCAGGACUUCUGUCUUUCUGUGUCUGUAUGUCAGCACUAUUUUCUCCUACUACAGACUGACUUCUAUUUGGCAGGAAAUGUGAUUGUUACAGCCCUAGGCUCACAUCUUCCCUGCUUUGUCUUCCUUUAAUUUUAUUUCAAAAAGUCCCAGAGAAGGACUCUGACACCUAGAGUGGGAGUCCUAUUCCUAGAUUCAUCAGGCUUCCAUAUGACCCACCUAAUUAGAGCUGGGAGAGACAGGAGAGGUAUGAGGAGGAGCUAUUCAGGGCCCACCAAACAAACAAUGAGAUUUUGUCGUGACUUUAUGACAUAGGAAGACCUGUAUCACUGCAGACCACCAAAGCUCAGAGACUUUACAAGUGAGGAUUUGGGUCACCUCAUAAGGAAAAAAACUCCAGCUGAAGGUAAGGGGAACUUGCAGUGGAUAAGGGAAAAGCGAGACUAGUUAGGCCUCAGAACCUGGUGUAGAAAUGGGGCUGAGGUCUCCACGUGUAUAUUUUUAGCUGGGGGAGUGUCCAAAGCUUGAGUUACUUCUGCCUUUUCCUUUUUAUUUCCUUUUCCCUCUUAAAAUAGGAGUUGUCGUAAUCAUGAAAUGUUUUUUUUUUCUCUUCCAUUUCCCUUAUUUUGUAUAUAGGAUUUGUUGGUGUGAUUUAAUUUGCCAUUUAAUCUCUAGGUUGCAGAAUGGUAAACUGGAAUUAAGUUGGAAAUGGAAGAGGAUGCCUCAUUAUGGAGAUCAGACUCAAAUUCUUCUUUUAAAACAAAAAAAGCAAAAGAAAGGGAGGCGGGAAAGACAAGGGUAUUUUUUAACGUAUUAUGAUUCAAAGAUGAAUCCAUAGUUUUGUUUUGUUUGUUUUUAAUUGGUGGCAGGGAGGGGGUAGCAGGAGGAAGGUAUAGCCAAUUGCUUGGUUUACUCAGUAAAGCUGGGGGGUAGGAAGGGACUUCCUGGAAGCUCAUGUGCUCUAAAGGCUAAACUUGUCCCAGACUUCUUUCUGGGGCUGCCUCUCCCUAACAGCAGCCAGUGCUUUUGGUCUUAUCAUUAGAGUAAGCAGUUACUCUGUUCAGUAAGUGACUUUAAUUAAAUGAGCACAAAAUGAACAUAUAACUUCAAAUUGUGAUAGAUGCUAUCAAGAAAAGGAUCAAAAUGCCCUGGGAUAAUAUAAAAGGGGGAACUAAUCCGGCCUAGGAGGUCAGAAAAGGUUUAUCUGAAAAGAGAUCUUAAACAUGAGAGGGGGAAGAGAAUUUUAGGCAGAGGGAACAGUGUGGCAGAAAGAAGCAUGAGACCCAGUUCCAGAGACUGAAGGGCAAAGGCUGAAGCUGGAGAGAGAGAGCAGGAUGCUCAGAGCCCUGCGGCUGCAGCCUUAGGAUUUACCCUGCAAUGCGAAAGCCAUUGAAGGGUUUUAGGCAGGAGGGUGGUGACAUGAUCAGAUUUUCAUUCUGAAAAUGUCACUGUAUCUGCAGUGAGGAAAACCGAUCGGAGCGACCCAGUAAAUGCGGUUAGGGAAUUAAACAGGACCUGCAAGGCUUCGGUCCAGGCUGCCGAAGGCGGGGGAGGCGAUUCCGACGCUCCGGCAGGCGCGCGGCUCCGCGGAAAACCGAACCGGCACACGUGGGCCAGGGUGCCCCGCCCUGCCGCGCUGACGCCGCCUGACUCGGCAGUCCCGGCUUGCAUUGGGCUCACGGCCCGGGAUCCCACACCCCACGCGCCGGUCCGCGUGGACGCCCAAGCCGAGGGAUUCCUCUACCCUUCCCUCCGCCCAGCCCCGAGGGACGAGUUCCCACCGCAAGCGCUCGGAACCAGAGCCAGCCGGGCGGGACGGCGCCUCCAGGCCACCAGAUGUUUGCCAUCCAGCCAGGGGUAGCUGAAGGGGGGCAGUUCCCGGGGGACGCGCCUCCUGGAGUAUGUCAGCCCGAGCUUCAACCAGACAGCAACUCCAACUUCAUGGCAAGUGCCAAAGAUACCAAUGAGAAUUGGCAUGGGAUGCCAGGCCAAGUGGAACCCAUACUGACGAGGAGCUUCUCUGAGUUGCCCUCUGACAACCAGGCUUUCCAGGAUCCUGGACUCCCUGAGGGGGAGGUCCGCAGCCCACCAGAGGGGGCAGAGAUCCCUGGAGCUGGGCCUGAGAAGAUGGGUGGUGCCAGCACAGUCUGCUCCCCUCUGGAGGACAAUGGCUAUGCCAGCAGCUCCCUGAGCAUUGACAGCCCUAGCUGCAGCCCUGAGCCUGCCUGUGGGACCCCUCCCGGCCCUGGCCCUCCAGCUCCCCUUCUGCCCUCGGUGGCCCAGGCCGUACAGCAGCUGCAGGCUCAAGAGCGCUAUAAAGAGCAGGAGAAGGAGAAGCACCAUGUGCACUUGGUGAUGUACCGUCGCCUGGCCCUGCUCCAGUGGAUCCGGGGCCUGCAGCACCAGUUGGUUGACCAGCAGGCCCGUCUGCAGGAGAGCUUUGACACCAUUCUAGACAACCGGAAGGAGCUUAUCCGCUGUCUCCAACAGAGGGCAGCCCCAUCCACAACCCAGGACCAGGGCUAAGGGCGUCUCUGUACAGGGGUGCAAGGGUUUAUGUAUAUAUUUGCAGGCAUGUGUGUGGUUGUGCACAAGCAAGUACAGAUUAUUUGCUGGUGUGAGUGCAGGGAAGCAUAAGUGAGUAUGUCAGUGCUAGCAUGUAGGCAGAUGCGCACAGGCCAUGUGAGAAGCAGCAGCCCUAUGUGUGAGUAUGUACAUAUGUGUAUGUAUAGUAUGUAUGUAGGAGGAAGUAAGUUUGUAUAUGCAUGUGUGGAUGGGUACCCCACGGUGUGUGUAUGUGUGCAUGAGUGAAGAUAUAUAUGCAAAAGAUGUGUGUUUCUGGAUGAGUGAGUUUGAGCGUGCAGAUUUGUGGUGGGUGUUUGUGAGUGAGCCCUUGUGUGUGCAGGCCUAUGUGUAGGGGUGCAUGUGUGCAGGUGCGUGCAUGGGAUGUAUACAUUAGGAGCAUGUAUAUUUGCAGGCUGACUCUGGAGCAAGUGUGUGCAAAUAUAUGUUCAGUUGCACACGUGGGGCCUCCAUGCAUACCUUAUGUUACCCGUGGUCUCCACUAGCCUUUUUUCUCCACAGGGUCCCACUGCUCCCUGGAGAGAAGGCUAGCCUGCUCUCAUUAUCUGAAGGCUGUGGCUGAGCCUUUCUCUUGGAUUUCUCGGCUACCUCUCCUUAUCCCUCCCCUUCACUCCUCCCAGAUCUUGCUCUGCUAAGGCUGUUGUCCCUGAUGGUGGAUUUGCUGUAGGAAGUUAGGUCGCUACUCUGGCCUACUAUGGCUUUUUGGCUGCAAUCUUGCCAAGGCAAUGGGUAGAGAACUGGUAUCAGGGAAGGGAGCUGGAAUGGUGAUGGACACCAUGGCAGGCAUGGAGGCGGGAUCAGAGGAGAAGAUAGGGGACUGUCCCACUUGAACUCAGCCAUUGGGCACGUGGGAGAUGGGGAUGGGGGAGAUGAUGAUGGCAGAACCCUGAGAAGACUAGGAGAAUGGGAAUUCUACAAUACCAGUUCCAAACAAAUCACACCUCUCCACUGCAAGGGAGCUGUUGCAAACCAUAUUGACUUAAGCUUCUGAUGGAAAGGAAUCUGUGUUAAUAUAAUGUCAUAUGUCAACUACACCGCAAUAAAAAAGAAAAAAGAAAAGGAAUGUGUGCUUUCUAAGCUUGCAAGGAGUGGAGAGGUGUUCCAAGGCUGCUGGAGAAAAAUCUUACUUCCCUCUCUGUGCUUCUACUUGCUGUGCCUCUCUGGCUGUAGCAACAUUAGGUGUCAAAUUAAUUUGGUCAAUUUCUCUGAAAUCAGACUGUCUGGGCCAGGAGGAGCCACAGUUUGGCUCUCCAGAGUGGGCAGUGUCAGUCCAGCCACUGGAAGCUCUUAGGAUGCUGGGCCAUACCCUCUUCUGUGAGUGCAUGGGCUUGACAGGCCCCAGCAGAGGAGAGGCUCCGUGAGGUGGAGAGCGGGUGAGUUCUGGAGAGAACCAAGGACUAAAGUAGUUGAGCUCCCUGCUUUGAUUUUGGGAGCCAAGAGGAUGCAAAAUCCUGAUAGGUGAGCAGUGACACAGAGGUCACUGAUGCCUCUGGCCCUGUCUCCCUAUCUGUAAAAUGAGUGGGUGCAUAGGUGAGAGGUAUAGGGAGUGACGCUGAAGCAAUGGCCCUGGGAACUCUGCGUCUCACUUUUGCAUGUUGAGUGUGAACCUGGCCUCUGGACCAACGAAGAUAAACUGGGGCAAAGAAAUUCA